CCGCUGGUAGUUGAGUGACACCCUCUGGUAGUUGAGUGAGGUAGAGCACGACUUAAAAACGACAUGCUCGCAGAGUGUCUGAGCAAUUUAACUUCUUUAAACCCUUUUCGGAUUAUCAAACUCGAGGAGGUCAUUUGCAAUGGAAGCAAAGGUGUGUUUCGUCUACAGACCUCACCGUUUCAAUUCAAAGUUCGGGAUUCCAUUUGUAAGCCUUAAUUCCAGUGUUAAACUAGCUCGGUCUUCAAAACUCGGAUGGUUAAGGGAGCUUGGGUUCCGGACGAGUCCAUGCGUAUUCGCCUCCAAUUCAAUGUCGAAAGGUCAAUCCCAUGGGUCUUCUUCUACUGUUCAAAGACAGAUAGACGAAGAUAGUUCGGGCUCUGUCAGUCCACUCUACGUGCCGACGCCUCCGAAUAGGGAGCUUCGAACCCCUCACAGCGGUAGGUACCAUUUCGACGGAAGUGCAAGGAAGUUUUUUGAGGGUUGGUACUUCAAGGUCUCAAUCCCGGAACGGAGACAGAGCUUCUGCAUUAUUUAUACUGUGGAGAACCCUGUCUUCCGUAAGAAAUUAACACCAUUUGAAGAGGCACAAUAUGGACCUAGAUUUACCGGAGUUGGGGCUCAAAUUCUCGGCGCUGAUGACAAGUAUAUUUGCCAAUACUCUCAAGAAUCUCAGUACUUUUGGGGAAGUAGACAUGAAUUGGUAUUGGGGAAUACUUUUGUUGCCGAAAAAGAAUUGAAGCCUCCAAACAAGGAGGUCCCUCCUCAGGAAUUUGAUAAAAGAGUGUUGGAAGGUUUCCAAGUUAGCCCACUUUGGAAUCAAGGCUUCAUUUGUGAUGAUGGCAGAUCAAAUUACGUGGAUACUGUGAAGACUGCUCGUUGGGAGUACAGUACCCGCCCUAUUUAUGGCUGGGGUAAUGUUGGGUCCAAACAGAAGUCCACAGCAGGCUGGCUUGCAGCUUUUCCCGUAUUUGAACCCCAUUGGCAAAUAUGCAUGGCAAGCGGACUGUCGACAGGCUGGAUAGAGUGGGAUGGUGAAAGGUUUGAGUUUCAAAAUGCCCCUUCGUAUUCCGAAAAGAAUUGGGGUGGAGCAUUCCCGAGAAAAUGGUUUUGGGUUCAGUGUAAUACAUUUCAAGGUGCUAGUGGAGAAGUUGCUCUCACCGCAGCUGGUGGGUUGAGGCAACUACCUGGACUGACGGAGAAUUUUGAAAAUGCUGCAUUGAUUGGAGUUCACUAUGGUGGAAUUUUCUAUGAAUUUGUGCCAUGGAAUGGUGUUGUUAAUUGGAAAGUUGAUCCUUGGGGUUACUGGUACAUGUCCGCAGAGAAUCAGACACAUAAGGUUACAUUGGAGGCAACAACAAAGGACCCCGGUACACCAUUGCGCGCUCCAACAUCAGAAGCUGGAUUUGCUCCAGCUUGUAAAGAUUCUUGUUCUGGUGUCCUAAGAUUACAAAUGUGGGAAAGAACAUAUGAUGGCAGUAAGGGGAAGAUCAUAUUGGAUGUUACAAGUAACACGGCGGCAGUGGAAGUAGGAGGGGGGCCGUGGUUCAACACUUGGAAGGGUGAGACCUCCACGCCGGAGCUCCUUCGCCGAGCUCUCGGGGUUUCCCUUGAUGUGGAGGGGAUAUUCAAUAAUGUUCCAAUAUUUAAACCACCUGGUCUAUAGCAAAUUGAUUAGAUACAUUCCCCUUGUAACUACAGAACGAAGUACGGCAUGCCCAUUCCAACAGUGGCCAAAACUGCUUUCCUUUAAGCAAGUUAAUAAUUUCAUGUUUUUAAUUACGAGUUUAAUGAAAAAAAAAUGAUAGAAAUUGGUUUU